UUUAGGCUGCUUCAGAUGUGGCGCCAUGGAUCACUGGGCACAACAAUGCCCCCAUCCGCUGGCAAGAGCACCACACCAUUCUCAGCCUCAGCACCAGGCCACCUACUACCCGGCCCCUCACCCAGGUGCUGCCCCAGGGGGACAGUACCAGAUGAGUCCAUGGGGGGGAGAGCACUGACGGGGCCCACUGGGGGACCCUGAUAGCGUGGUCAUGGCAGAACCCAUGCUAUCACUGACUGUGGGCCACCUGAGAUUGCUAUUCCUGAUUGACACAGGAGCCACCUUUUCUGCUAUCAACUCUCAACUUCCACCAGAUAUGAUGAGUAGUAACUAUCUCUCAGUCAGAGGUUUCUCAGGGGACUCAAUGACUCUGCCCAAAACCAAGCCAUUGGUUGUUUAUAAUGGCUCUCAGACUAUCACACACACAUUUAUCAUUGCAACUCAAGCACCAGUGAAUUUGUGUGGACGAGAUCUGCUGAUGAAAAUGGGGGCUUCCAUUCUGUGCAGCCCCACAGGACUGACUUUAACCUGGCCAAAUGGUCAGGUCACAAGUUGUUAUGGUGAGAACGGCCCAAGCAUGUAUUUAAUAUCUGCCACAAAUGAUGACAUGGUGGAUAUUUACUGGGGCCACAUAUUUCGUUAGCGUUACAUCCAGGCCACAUGGCAAAGCAGUUAGGGGGCAUGACCAAAAGGGCAAACGCUGCCACCGAUUGGGUACAGACGCAGAUUCCUGACGUUUCCUUUUCCGAAGCCACAAAAACAUUUUAUUAGGGGUGAGACCCAUAAUCACAUCACGCUGACACAUGAUUUGUUAAGUAGACAUCAUGGUUGUGAGGCAGCUGACCAUAUUGACACCCAUGUCCUUUUGUCACAUCUCCCGGAUGGAUUGUGGUCUGAGGGCCCCGAUGACGUAGGGCAAAUACAACAAACUCCAGUGUCAUUUAAUAUGACCUCGACUCAACCAAUCUGGCUUCCCCAAUAUCGCCAUAAACCUGAGGCUAUGGCCUCCCUAGACCAAACUAUUGAUGCACUCCUCAGAGCUGGAGUGCUAGAACCAUGUCAGUCUAGGUGGAACUCUCCCAUUUUGCCAGUUCCAAAGAAGGAACCUGGGCAGUACAGAAUGGCGCAUGAUUUAAGGGCCAUUAAUGCAGCCCUGGCCACCCAAACCAUCCCCGUUCCCAACCCAUACACCACACUAUCUGAACUAGACCGCAACAAAACUUGGUUCACGUGUGUAGAUCUGGCCAGCGCCUUUUUCUGUGUAGAGACAUUUGCGCGUUUACACACCGUGGCAGACAGUACCGGUACACACGUUUAUCACAAGGCUUCGCCUGUUCACCCGGCCUGUUUAACCAAGCAUUAAAGCAAAGUUUGGACACUUGUUCUCUCCCUGAAGGUUCCAUUUUAAUCCAGUAUGUGGAUGAUCUCCUGAUUGCUGGAGACACCCAACAGGCUUGUAUUGAGGCUUCAAUAGCAGUAUUGGAGAAACUGGCCGAGUGCGGGUACAAAGUCUAGAAGCAAAAACUGCAAUUUUGUAGGUCAAGAGUCACCUUUCUUGGCAGAGUGGUCACUAAGGGGAGUACAGGUAUGUCCCCCGAGCACCGGUCCUCUAUUUUAAGCCACCCCAAACCAAUCACGGUCAGAGACAUGUUGGCAUUUUUAGGGCUGGUAGGAUACAGUCGUUCAUACAUACCCGAUUUCACUGGUCGCACCGCUUCGUGAGAUGAUAAAGACAUUAGGCAUUUUGUCAUGGACACCUGAGCUAGAGCAGGCGUUCAUUGAACUAAAACAGGAACUAGCGCAUGCGGCUGACCUUGCUAGACCAGACUACACCAUUCCAUUCUACCUGGAUGUUUCUGAUACACCCUCAUUGGUAAAUGGAGUGUUGUUUCAGAAAAAAGGGGGAGGUAGACAGGUGGUAAUGUAUCUGAGCAUUCCUCUAGAUUUAGUAGAGAAAAGACAACCAUGUUGCACCAGACAUGUUGCAGGACUAGCCAAAUUAGUGCAAAAAACAGCACACAUAGUUGCAGGAUAUCCAUUACAUGUGCUGACCACACACGGAGUGGUAGCAUAUAUAAAUUCUCAGAUGUUCACGCUCACUCCCCUCAGGCAAAGACGCAUACAUAAAGUACUGACAGCCCCCAACAUUACUUACACUCACGAUGGGAUUAACAUGGCAGAUAACAUGUUAGAAGGACCCCCGCACGAGUGUGCGAGAAAGGUAAAAAUAGAAGGGAAAAUAAGACCAGACCUCAAGGGCACGCCAAUAGAAGGGGCACUAAAUCUGUGGACAGAUGGGUGCGGUUAUAGGGGAGAUGGCGGAGAAAUAAAAGCAGGGUUUGCGGUAGUACAAGAAAUGAAUGGGGAAGUAGAUGAUUUUUGGACAGUGAUCUCAAAAGAAGUCAAGAACGGUCCCUCAGCUCAGAAAGCGGAACUAUUGGCUGUCAUUGCGGCGCUCGAAUUAGCAGAAGGCAGGGCAGUUAACAUCUACACAGAUUCAGCCGAUGCAGUGGGAGCAGCCCACAUCGAAUUACCCCACUGGAAGGAGGCAGGUUUUCUCACCAGUGCGGGCAAACCCGUUAAACACAAGGAAGAGUUGUUAGCACUAGAGAAAGCGAUACAACUACCAAAACAGGUUGCCAUCAUAAAGUGCAAGGGACAUCAGAAAGGGGACUCAUUGGUAGAAAGAGGUAAUGUGGCAGCAGACAAGGCAGCAAAGGAAGCGGCAGGUUAUAAAGAACCAAGUUUGCAGAUGGUGUUGAAGAAGGUGAACCAACACGGGUUUCCCAAAAGAAUACACUCAGAUAAUGGUACUCACUUCACAAGUAACGCCUUGGCAUGGGUAGAGCAAGUACUAGGCCUGAAACAUGCGUACGGAUCAGUCUCAAGGGAAGGUGGAGCGCAUGAACCAAACACUGAAAUCAAAAUUGAACAAAGUUGUAUACUCUACAGGGCAAAAUUGGCUGGACGCCCUACCAAUUGCAUUAAUUAGCAUCAGAAGCUCUGUAAACAGAGCCACAGGGUUCACGCCCUUUGAACUGAUGACAGGUAGAUCUUUUCCGGGGCCCCAUACCGCGCUAGCGUGUAAAGACAUACAGCACGAAUCUCACCAAGCCUACUUUAAUGAGCUGAGUGGGUCUAUCUGAAAGUUAUCAAGCGGAAGUGGUGUGAGCCCAGGUGGACAGGACCCUACAGAGUGGUCGAGCGAACUUCUCAUGCCGUUCGGCUGAACGGCAAAGGUCCUGCUUGGUACCAUCUCUCCCAGUGCAGAUCAGCGCACCUACCGAAGGCAGAAACAUGAACAUUUCUGUUAACGGACAUAGUUAAAAUCAGAAGUAGACGAUCAACUACAAACAAAGACCAUUGUAUUAGUAGAUACGGGGGAAUAGAAUUAGACCACACCCUAGGCAGCUCCACAGCAUGGACCUUUGAUUUGUGUGACGUCAUUAACUGCGCAGGUCAGAACUCAACAUAUAGAGGUUAUGACGUUUAUCUUUGCUGGGAUCUGCAGGUCACGAAUAAGUGUGGGUAUGGUUGGAGCUGGGAUGAUAGGUGGUGUAGGUAUUGGCACUCAGUGAUAAAAUAUACGGGUAGAUGGCAACCCACCUUAGCUGCAAGAGACGCUUACACUCAUAAGACAGAUUGGGAACAUUACUUUAGCAGGACUCAAAAUCCAUUGACCUUAUCUAUUAAUUGGGAGAAAUCGAUUAUGGAUGCGCAUCGGGGUAGGACUGGUCGUUCUCCAUACCUCAUAUUAGGAGUAGAUGUAUCGGGUAAGGACCCAUUGGGGUUAAUUAAAAUAAAUAUGCACAAUAAAGUUAUAUCAGCAUCGGUUAAUAGCAUGACUAAUACAUUUACCCCCGCCACCCAGGAGGUGAGUGAUCCAGGGCCUAAGGGCUCGGACUAUACUAAGUGGUCACCGGGUGAUAUUGUUAAAUUAACAGGAUAUGUAGGGGAUAAUUUGUGGCUCAAAUGGUUAGCAGCCCAGGCUGGGGAAGCUGGGAUGGAGGACUGCGUGGCUUGUGCACAGACUCGUGUCCCGCUGUCCUUAGCCCCAGCUCCUUUAUUUCCAGACAGGCUUUAAAUGUAUGAUUGAGCUCACAAAACAAGCGAAUCCGAUUAAUUGUACUACAUUAGCUGGUAUUUUGCCCAUUUAGAGCACCACUUAGCGGCAAUUUCACCUGUUUUAAUCGCACUUACGUUGAUGGCGCCGGCCGAGGUAAAAUGAUGGGCCAGAUUAACCCUGAUUGGUGUCACAUUACGUACUCAGGGAAUGCCUCCGUAGGCCCAUGGGCCAGAGCAGGGCUAUAUUAUUACUGCGGCGGCACUAUUCUUUUAGUCAGGAUGCCUACUCACACAUUCGGUCUCUGUGCCAUGGUAAGGCUGGUGUCUCCAAUAUUGUUAGUAGGUCAGAGUCAGGCUAAACACAUUACUAUACAUAGGCGAAAACGUGAAACCACAGAAGAUCAUUUCAAUCUCACCAAAAAUUCACCCACUUACAUAGACGCCAUAGGGGUCCCAAGGGGGGUCCCCGAUGAGUAUAAGCUAGUUGAUCAAAUAGCCGCAGGAUUCGAAAAUAUUCCUAUUAUCUCUGCCCUCUUCCCCGUCACCCCCAACAAAAAUGUAGAUCUCAUCAAUUACGUUAAUUACCAAGUCAUGCUCCUUGCCAAUUUAACCAAGGUAGCCGUUGAGGGCCUCAGUGCACAGCUCUCGGCCACGUCUUUGAUGACUAUACAAAAUAGAGUGGCCCUAGACAAGCUUUUGGCGGAAACGGGAGGCGUCUGUCACACGUUUGGUGAUAUGUGUUGUACAUUCAUCCCCAACAACACCGCCCCGGAUGGAUCAGUCACUAUGUCUGAAUUAUUGAAUUGCGGAGAAUUGUGGAAUUAUUAGCCUUAAUAUUGUUCAUAUUACAUUUUAAGAUAU